AUGAACACCAAUAAUGCUAAUGCAAACACUUUUGUUGAUACUCAGAAAUGUGAUAUUUUAAAAUCUAAAAUGAUGGAUAAAUUUUCUUUAGUACUAGCAAAUGAUUCCUAUACAGGUGGUAAUCCUGCUAUUAAUUUACCCAUCAUAUUUACAGUUUGGCUUCAUCAUAAAUGUCAAGAAGUGAUGACUAGAAAUACAGAAUUAGCUUUACAAUCACUGAUACAAGAAAGAAUAAGCAAGUUAUUUUUCUAA